AUGACCUCCUGCAGCCGCCAGUUCUCCUCCUCCAGCUCCAUGAAGGGCUCCUGUGGUGGCUCUAGCCGCAUCUCCUCCGUCCUGGCUGGAGGAUCCUGCCGGGCUCCCAGCACCUAUGGGGGCAUGUCGGUUUCCUCCUCUCGCUUCUCCUCUGGGGGAGCCUGUGGGAUUGGAGGUGGCUAUGGCGGUGGCUUCAGCAGCAGCAGUUUUGGUGGAGGACUUGGUGGUGGAUUUGGUGGUGGAUUUGGUAGUGGAAUUGGUGGCGGUUUUGGUGAUGGGCUCCUGGUGGGCAGUGAGAAAGUGACCAUGCAGAACCUCAAUGACCGCUUGGCCACCUACCUGGACAAGGUUCGUGCCCUGGAAGAGGCCAACAGAGAUCUGGAAGUGAAGAUCCAUGACUGGUACCAGAGGCAGCGGCCCACUGAGAUCAAAGACUACAGUUCCUACUUCAGGACCAUCGAGGACCUGAAGAGCCAGAUCCUUGCGGCCACACAGGGGAAUGCACAGACCACAUUGCAGAUCGACAAUGCCAGGCUGGCAGCUGAGGACUUCAGGAUCAAGUAUGAGAAUGAAUUGUCCAUGCGCCAAGGUGUGGAGAAUGAAAUCAAUAGCCUGCGCCGGGUGCUGGAUGAGCUAACUAUGUCCAGAGCCGACCUGGAGAUGCAGAUCGAGGCACUCAGGGAGGAAUUGGCCUUCCUGAAGAAAAACCAUGAGGAGGAGAUGAUUGCCUUGAGGAGUCAGACUGGUGGGGACGUCAACGUGGAGAUGGACGCAGCCCCUGGUGUGGACCUGAGUCGCAUUCUGAAUGAGAUGCGGGACCAGUAUGAGCAGAUGGCAGAGAAGAACCGCAGAGAUGUGGAGGCCUGGUUCCUGAGCAAGACUGAGGAGCUGCACAAAGAGGUGGCUUCUAACAGUGAGCUAAUCCAGAGCAGCCGCAGUGAGGUGUCUGAGCUCCGCAGGGUGUUCCAGGGGCUGGAGAUCGAACUGCAGUCCCAGCUCAGCAUGAAAGCAUCCUUGGAGAACAGCCUAGAAGAGACCAAAGGCAGAUACUGCAUGCAGCUGUCCCAGAUCCAGGGUUUGAUCGGCAGUGUGGAGGAGCAGCUGGCUCAGCUGCGCUGUGAGAUGGAGCAGCAGAGCCAGGAGUACAACAUCUUGUUGGAUGUGAAGACACGGCUGGAGCAGGAGAUCGCCACUUACCGCCGUCUGCUGGAUGGCGAGGGUUUCCAAAGCUCCUCCUCACAUCACUCCUCUGGGCAGUCCUCUUCUUCUGGAGAAGUCUUCUCCUCAUCCUCCCGCCAGCCCCGGUCCAUCCUGAAGGAGCAAAGCUCAAGCAGCUUCAGCCAGAGCCACAGCCAGAGUUCCAGGAACUAA